UUAGAUUUGAAUUUACUUCCUCUUGUCGCUACGGGCAUCGCCACCUCUGUCUACCUCAUCCUACAACCAUAACUCGCUUUUCCAAAGACUUUCGAUCAACUGGCGAGCGUCGUGCAGUGAGAUUUCAAGCGGAAUCGUCGCAUUACGGUCGAUCGCGACGCGAAACGUCACGCAGGACGCACGGGAAUGGGUCGGAAAAAGAAGAUAGGCGAGAAAAACGGCACGUCCACCGAGGCCCAGCACAUGCCUACCAACAGCCGAUCUCCCACACCAGAGGUAGAGGGACAGGAUGGCCAUUCGAGUGAGAAACGACUAUCUGAAUCUUCAGAGAAGAGAAAGAAACAGAACUGGUUGAAGCGGAUCUUCAGCAAAGGAUCAAGGUCGAGUGAUGCAAUGAGGCGCUCUGUGUCGACACCCGAAGGAGUGAUGUCACCAACAAAGAGUGAAGAAGAUUCCAUAAUCAGCAGUGAACGAUCAGAAACCGCGUCGCCAUUGUCAGCGUUUAGAGAAGACGACGACGAACCCGAAGAGGAAGAAGUAACGAAGAAACACGCGACCAGACACACGUCAUCGCCUGCUCUCUUUCGAUUUAGAAAGAGACCCGUUACAGUUGAAGUCGGGGAUGAUGUGUGGGCACAAGUGAAAGCAAAGCAAGAUGCUAUGUUCGUCGACAGCAGUCUUUUGAAAGUAGAUCAAGGGGUUUUGUCAUCAGCAAAGACUCCUCCCAUUAUUCGCAAGCAUCCUGAUGAAAAUGUCGAUGCAUUGUCUUUGGAGGCCAAGGCUGGAGUGUUGAAACGUCACAAUGUGUCGGAUGAAGAGUGGGCUCGUGUGCAAGCUGCUCAGCAAUGGAUGUUUGACAACACGACAGAUCUAGAGAGCAACACAACCGACGAGAACAAACCAUCAUCAAUCCCCAUCAAGAAGUCAACAAGUGGAGCUCUCACUGCACUCGUCGAAGAAGCUCGACAACGACGACCAUCACAGGAAGCCGUAUCAAGUGCCGAACAAGUGAAGGCGGCACUUGCAAAGAAGGAAGAACAAACGAUCACGAAAGUGAUCAAGAAGACAGAGAUGAUGACAUCAGAGAUGACGUCAAAUGAUACGACUGAAUUGGAUUUGGAAUCUCACGAGUUUUUCGCUGAUAGUGAAAAGCGUGACGCGUUUGAUGAUGUUGAGAAUCACGAAUUCUUUGCUACGGAUGUGGUUGGGAGGCAAGACGAAGCAGUGAGUCAACCAAGUGAUGCAACCGAUUCGAAGCUUAGUGCCGCAUCAAAUGUGAAUGACGGGCAACCGUCUGGUAAUCUACGGAGUGCUAAACCUCCAAUUCAUGGAGCAUCGCAGGCGACACUACGGGACUUGGUCCGUCAAAAAUCGUUGAAGCUCCGAAGUGAACGAGAGAAGAAACGCUACACGAUCGCGACUCCACAAUUAUUCGAAGGCGAGCAUGCAUUGUGGGAGAGCAUACAGAACAAGCAUCAGUCAAUCCUCGGCGAUCUCGGAUCGAAACCGGUUUCUGAUCGUUUGGAUGGGCUGGAGGCCGACAUCCGUGAAAGCUCACCCGAAGACACAACAAAGGACACAGAAGACUCAACAAAGGACACAGAAGACUCAACAAAGGACACAGAAGAUUCACCAACUAAUCAAGACCAGAAAGAUGGUGCAAACCCGGUGGAAACCGGGCAACCGUCCAGCGUUCCUGGAAUGCAAGACGAGAGCAGUGAAGUUACACAAGUGGAGAUACACGUUGACACGACAUACUUAUCAGCAGACUUGUCUGCUGUGCCUGUUAUUCAGCCAACUCUUGGUCUCUCUGUCGGCCACAUGCGACGAAGUCUCUCACAGAAGAACCGACGUCGUCCACCAUCAGUCCGCAUACAAAUACCCGAAGAUCAGGAUCUUUUCCGUAUACCCGAGACACGAGCACGCUCAAGCAGCACUGGAGAUGCUGACGAAGAAACAAAAGUGCAAGCAAAGGCUGCAGCCGAAACGAAGACCAAAGGCUUCCAAAGAGCUAAAACAGUUGCCAUCAAAACAAAGAAAUCCGACAAAGAGGAAAGCAAACACGAAGCUGUACGCACAUCAGCAGAAUCAACCAGCAAGCAACCAUUCUGGCUUCAAGAGCUUGAGCAAAAGAGAAAGAACAAACCGGAAGUAAGCGACAAGCCAAAUCCGUUGUAUAAGAUCCCAAAGAGUCCGACAAGUCCAACCAGCGAAGUAUCGACAGCAUUGCUGGUCGCCGAGGCAGCAAAGAGAAAGACAGCACAAGAAAGUUUGGUAUCGUUCAAACAGGGAAAACCGGCACCUCGACCACGCCCAAAAUCAAUGUUUGUGACGUCAUCACAGACGAUGAACGAGCCGAUGCGGAUUGGAAAGGCACAGAAAAAAUCAAAGAGUGGAAGUAUGUUCAGUCCACUGCAAAGUCCACCUGAGAAUGUGAGCAGUAAGACAAAACCUGAGUGGGUGACAAAGGCACAGAAAAUGUCAAAACAAGAGAAAACAGACGACAUCAAAGAAUCCGGACAAACAAAGCUACAGACAUCACCAACCAGUCCGACCUCAAUACAAGACAGAAUCAAGUCACUACGACAAGCAUCUGGCACAGCAGCAACAUAACUCCCUCCAAACACUCGCACACACACACACACACACUCGGGUAGGACGUCAUGUAGUACCCGUGUGUGACAUUAUUUUACGUAGCAGCAGAUAGCAGGAAUUCUUGUUUGCUCUUUUGUACAGAAUUUGUAUUUAUAUAGAAAGUGACAGUCACUGGUCAAUAGAUGGAUUGUUAUCAAUGA